ACGUGACUUACCGGUAACCAAUCACUGCCCAGCUGUGCUAGCCACCGCCAAGCUCGUUUUCACUUCCAAAACACUGGAAUUUGAUAGAAUUUUCCACGGGAUUUGUGGCCAAAUUCCUCCGGUUAUAUGUAAAUUUUUCAUCAUGUGGUGGUGGAAGUAGGACCAACGACCGUUCCAGGUUGCAGCUGCGGCAAGGAUCGACGCAGAUCUUGGAAGUGAAGUUGGGCAAAACCUCGGAAGUUUGGCUUCGAAUCGUCGCCAUUUUCUACCUUCCCAGCCCUUGUUUGUUGGUGGAGUUGCCUGUCAAGAACCUGUGGAUAUAAGUACGAAUUCGGACCCAAACUCGGACAUUUACAUGGUCGAAGGGACCCGGAGACUACACAGGACUAUUUACUGUCCGAUCGGCUGAGAAUGGCGAAUUCAGGGGCGACCCUGACUAGCCUUUGGAUGGACGAUGGCCAGGGAAGCCCAAUGAAGAGCACCCCCAACACGCCCGGCAAGUCUGUAACCAACGGCAACAAGGAAGUACAGGAGGACUUCUUAAAGAUUUAUAAGGACUGCGGCCUGGAGCCAAUAGCCAAGGAGGUUGGGCUGAUUGACACCAAUGGUGAACUGGCCGGCUUCGUCAGGUCUCAUCAGGACCAAAACACUUCACCCACUAAAGUUGCGAACGUGACGCUGUCCAACACGACAACUAUCCCCAUGAUCACGGCCGUAUCGCCCAUGAAAUCUUCACCCAUGAAGAUCUCAGAAACCAUCAUCUUACCCAAGACCCUCGGGCCUGCAAACACACCCGCCUCGCCUAUGCUCCGAAUGGUUGCUGUAAACCGGACACCGCAACAAACAGUCCAACCACAGCAAAAAAUUUUUCAGAUCCUUCAGCAGAGCCCCGCGCGGCCGACGCCGGUAGCCCAGCUGGUCCAGGUCCAGCAGAGUCCGGCCAGACCACAGCAGACAACCUACACCACAGUCGUCACUGACCCGAACAUACAACUAGUCGGGGCACCAGUGAGAAAGAGAACUCAUGACUUCAUAGAAGCAGACUUCUCAGAAAGCAAAAGGAAGAAGGGAGAGAAGGGUGGGAAGGGUCUGCGACAUUUCUCCAUGAAGGUUUGUGAGAAGGUGCAGAGGAAAGGCACCACGUCGUAUAACGAGGUGGCAGACGAACUGGUGGCAGAGUUCAGCGACCCCCAGAGGCACCUCUCACCCUCCGAUCAGAUAGGCAACGCAUACGACCAGAAGAACAUCCGGAGACGUGUGUACGAUGCGCUGAACGUGCUGAUGGCCAUGAACAUCAUCUCCAAGGAGAAGAAGGAGAUCAAGUGGAUCGGCCUGCCCACAAACUCUGCACAGGAGUGUCAGAACCUAGAGCUUGAAAAGCAGCGGCGGAUAGACAGGAUCAAACAGAAGCAGCAGCAGCUACAAGAGCUGAUACUACAGCAAAUCGCCUUCAAGAACCUGGUGCAGCGCAACAAACGCAUGGAGCAGGCCGGCACGGGGCCGCCCAACCAGAACUCUGCCAUCCAGCUGCCCUUCAUCAUAGUCAACACCAGCAAGAAAACUGUCAUCGACUGUAGCAUCUCAAACGACAAGUACGAGUAUCUGUUUAAUUUUGACAACACGUUUGAGAUCCAUGAUGACAUCGAGGUGUUGAAGCGGAUGGGCAUGGCGUACGGACUGGAGUCAGGAAAGUGCGCCCCGGAGAACCUCAAAAUCGCCAAGACCCUGGUGCCCAGGGCACUGGAGCCUUAUGUUGAAGAAAUGGCGAGAGGAGCCAGCACCAGUACCUCCAUCAUCGCUGGCCCCAGCGGCAUCAAGGCGGGCGUGUCCACCACACAGUUCACCACGGCAACUGCUACCAUGGCGACCACCGUCAAGCCCCUCCCAGCGGCUGCGUCGUCUGCUCUAUCCAGGUUGCCCGGGUCGGUAAACGUUGACCAGGAAGUUGCCAUGGCGACGGCGGGAGGUCGGGCGGUGUCGCGCCAGUCCAGCAUCGGGUCGUCCAGAGGAGAGACGCCAUACACGGACGACGAUGACGACGACUACGAAGACGACAACUGAUCCGUUACCAUGGUAACAGCACACUGUUGCCAUGGAAACGGAGUUUUGGUUGCCAUGGUGAUUUGCAACGGUUGCCAUGGAAACCAAAGUUUGGUUGCUAUGGUGAUUUGUUUGUCAUCGUCACUUUUUGUCACUCAGGUUGAGGGGUAAACGUGGAAGGGACUUUUUCAUUGAAAUGGGACAGUUUAGGGGGUAAUUUUUGGUUGCUAUUGAGACGUAGCAACGACAGCGUGUUUUUUCUUGUUUGUCAUCGGACAAGGCUACUUAGGUCGCUACCAUGGUAACGACCCCACUGAUUUUUCCACGGGCCUUGUCAUGACAUUGUGAUUGUUGUUGUUGCCAAGGGCAACGGCACGCGCCACCGGAGAGUGGACGGGUAACUCUACAAGCAUUUUUUGUAGAUUGUAAUACGUAGAUAUUUUAGACGGUAAGAUUUGUACUGUGUUGUAUGAAAAAUGCAGUGUGAUCUGAAGACAGACUGAACACUAUUCAUGUUGGUUUGGAUUUAAGAUGCCGGAAAGGGCGAGCAGAAAUCCACACACAUCCUCACACAGUAGACCGAUCCUUACUGUCCGUCAUAAUUAUCACUUCAACCAAUGGCAGCACGGCAAUUAGUUGUUCGACCAAUGAGAGAGCGGCAGCUAUUGGAUCGGUCUGUUACAGUGUUUGGUGGUAUUUUACUGUAAAAUGCGUAGAGCAUUACUUUGCCUUUGGGAGCCAGUAUAAAAUGUUAUUGGGUGCGCCAUUGGGGAAGGCUAUUCAAGAUAAAAAAAUUAUAAAGCACUGAAGGUGAAUUUUUGUGUGGAUUUCUGUGUAUCAAUGUUAAAAAUCUAGAUAAAGAAUACUGAACAAGCAAAGUUGAAGUUUUUGAUUAAAUCAAAAUGAACCUGUACAGAUUGUAGUUAAUGCAUUAUGAAGGGGGUGAGACUUUAUGUAUGAAGCCUGUAGAAAAAAUAUGCCACUGGUCUGGUGUAAUGUACUGUACUGUAGGGGAUAUCGGACAGAACCAUUCUGGCAGACAUGGGGGGGGGGGUGUACAAAGUUGUCAAGUAGUCACUACGUUUCAACUGGGCUGGUUUCAUGUCAGAACAAUAAAUAGCGGAAAAAGAAAGUUACUAAGAAUAAACAGUUGACUGACCUGUUUUUAAGACAAAGCAUCACAGAUUGAAGAGAGAGAGGUUAUUUUUUUGUAGCCAAUAGAAAAGUGGAUAGAAUCAUUACGACUGGAUUUAAUUAGUGGAUUUCCUUGUUGAAUUACAGACCUGUUUGAAACCCAAUCUUUCCAAAGAGAACUGUUGUAAAUGAGCGAGCUUAAAAGUAGGCACUAAUCCUAAUUUUGUAAUUAAUUUAUCUGUGUUGUCGUGCUCAUUGUUUUUCCCACCCUACUAGCCUGACCACCCCUGAUAAUUAGUGUACUGAUCCAGAAUCAAACAACUUUGGACAGAAUAGUGGGUUGUGCCAUUGUGUAAUUUGGGGGUAAUGUAGAUUAGUAUUAAUUGUAGUUUCCAAUGUGGACUUGUAAAAAGAAAAAAAAAGAUUGAAACUUUCUGUCCAUAAUUGUUUGAUUGGGUAUCAAUUGUAAGCAUACAAAAGGUGGUACGGCUAAAAGUUAACCCUUUUCUUGCUAAGAGGCCUUGUGACUAGCAUAAACAUGGUGUCUGAAGGCUGGCUUAGUAGGAAGAAGGUUAAGUAGUUAGGGACAAGCAGUGAUUGUUGUUUGGUAUUAGUGGUUUGUAUUGUGUGGAAUUUAGCACCAUGUCUGUACCUGCCCACCCCUGCCUUUCACGUGGUAUAGUCCUUGUUUUUGGUGAUGAUUAACAGUAUAAUUACACUGUUAGCACAAUUUAGUAAAAGGAAGUUUUAUGUGGUUCUCCUAGAACUACAUAAAACUUUGUAUUUGUAUUAAAAAUACCAAUUGUGUAGCCUCCUUGGCAGGCUCUGAGAGUAAGCCUUUUUGGGGAGCUUUUAAUGUGUUUUUUUCCUAAUGGAAUGUCCAUCUAUAGAAAAGGUACACGAAAAAUGUAAUAAGCAGUACUGAUACGAGAACAGAAAAAAUUCUAAGCCUCCAAAAAGCCUGACUCUUAGAGCUUGCUGAGAACGCUACCAAUUGUCACAAUCACUUCCAAUACUACCAUAUGAAAGCACUUGAUGACUUGUACAAAAAGCAUUUAUUUUUCCUCGUACUGUGCUGUAAUGUUCUGAGCUAAAAUGCUAGAGGAAGCUUGCUGGAAUUAGAAUCUGGUUGUAUUAGAAAACAAUUCAUAAUGUUUGUUAUAAACUCUGGCUCAGAAAUACAGUCACGGCAAACCACAUUGCAAAGUUACUUAAUUACAACACAACUUGUGUCGGUGAGGUAGUCAACUUUAGUCAACUCAGUUCAUUCCAUGUAAACACAAUAUGUCUUACGUGUACUCAAUGCUGUGUUCAUAUGCUUGACUUAUUUUCAAUAGAGAGUUCGGUUGUUGGUUUCACAUGUACUAAGCUGACAUUAGCAAGUAUCGAGACCUAGCUGUACAAGAACAAAAACAAAACUGAUAACAACAUUAUACCACGACAUGAAGUUGUAACAUUAAUUGCUUUGAAACCUAAAAGAACCAAAUGGAGCAAAAUGCAUAAAAUGUACAAACCUUAACACUCAAAAUGUACAUGAUAUUAUAUGGCUAGAUGUCCCUGGUUUUACAUAGGGAAUUGAUAUUAGUGAUCUACAUCACAUGUAUACAUGUUAUGGCUGAGAGCAUGUGGUACAUGCUGGCUUCCUAUUGGUCAGCUGUGCCUAACGUAUGCAUGAUAGGCUGUAGAAUGCUGGCUGUGAUUGGCCAGUCCUUCCAGAUUGUACAAUUGCUGGCUCCUGAUUGGUCUAGAUAUAACCGAAUUUGUGACCUCACUCACUUAAAUUACCACGGAUAUAUCUUGCACUUCUGUCGUAAGAUAUGUCAUUUAUAACUCAGAAUUGUUGAAAUGUCUUUGCAUCUUAUUUUUUUUAGACACGUUCUAGCCUUUUGUUGGUCUUAUUUGGAAGUCAUUCCUACAACUUGUGUCCUUGGUUUACACACAUUUGAGUUUUUUUUUGCUUUUACUUUCUCGUUUGCUGUGUCGUUCUAAUUUGAAAAUGUCAGCAGAUUUAACUACCCAGAGUGCUUUACAGUUUGCUGUCCCAUGGUGCAUUGCAGGAUUUUGUAUUUAUACCCACUGUACCCACUGAAGAUGACGUGUCCUGAAUUAAACAUGAGAAUCUUU